UCCUUUUCUGGCCUUUUGCCGCUGAACUGCAGCGGGGUGAGCGGAGAGGGAGAGCUGGCCAGGAAAACAGCGCGCACUGGUUUCUUUAUGUUUUGUUGCACUAAUGUGUAUGGAUUCAGUUCAGGAUGCUUAAAAGCAACAAACUUAGCAAAGACCCGGGCCCUGGGUCUUACUACACCACGUGACUGAUCCACAUGGUGCCCCGCCCACUGUCCCCUCACUCCACUGUGCUUAACUCUCUACAUGCAGUUGCCUGCUGACCCUGAUGCUGCCACAUGGAUCCAGGUGGAAGUGAUCUGGAGUCGAGUCUGCCUCAGACUGAGAACCCCUGCCUUAUCGUCGAAGACUCCCAGCCUGACAGUGUGGCCUUGGAGGACGACCCCGAUAGCAGUUACCGUGCCCUGCUCUCCCGCCGCCUCUCCAACCUCCAGCCCACCUCCCACAGCCCGGUGCUGGAACUGAUCGCUUCUCCUUCUAAAGGCAGAUGCACUGAAGGUGACUGCCAGACUGAAAAGAGUAAUAGUGUAAUAGAGGCCGACCAUUUUCCGACUAAUCUGAGUUCAGCAGCUGCAGAGCAUAGUCAAGUAUUUGAAGUUUGCUCCCUUCCUAAAACAAAAAGAAGUAACCAAGAGGACAUGGAGUCUGGAGCUGAUUCCACCACUCACUGUGCACAAACAGAAGAGGGAAUGUCUCAGUUUGGCCUCCUGGAGCUGUCGGAAAGUCAGGGAUUAAAUAUCGAGGCACAAAAUAUAGAGAGUGGUGAUGAGGAUGUAGAGGUGACACCUGCCAACCUCCGGCCAGCAGACAGCCAGAAAACAGCCAAUCAAACUGGAUUGAAAAGCUCUUCUACGGCAUCAGACAGUCAAGAUGAGAGAUUUAGAAGGCCUGAGGUGAGCUCCAGCAGUGCCUUGGUUCCUCCAAGAAGAGAAGGCAGAGAACUGAGUGUCCAGGCCAUACUCCACUCUCAGGUCUCUGAGUCUGUAGAGGAUGAGGAUGAGGAUGAGGAAAUUAUGUCAUCCCAGGGUGAUCUGUUUGACGGAGAGAGGAAUGGCUCUAAGGUCGACAGUACAGUAGCAGAGCUUGAGAAUCAGCAGCAGCAGGAUCCAACGUGCACUCCUGCUCACAGCCUCCGCCUGCUGCAUCUGUCUGGCCAAGGAACGCUGGUGCAGGAGAGCCUGUCACAGCAGUCUGUUGAUUUUGUGGCAGCCACACAGGACAACUUAAGCCAAACACCGCUCAUUGUCCCAAAUUCACCCACAGGACAGGAGAAUGAGCAAGAUUUUAACGAACCAGCAAAGGAGAACUCUGGGACCCCUAAUGACCAAGCACAAAAAGGGCAGGAAGAACCAAUGGAUGUGGAUCCUGUCCCAAAGCCCACAGUGUCAAACAUAGUAUCCCAGAAUUCCCCCAGUUUUGCUUUGGAGAAAAGCCUGUCCUUGCCAACACAGCCUGAAUUUUCACAUGAUGUUUUUGUGCCUACGCCAUCCUCGGAAUCUGGGGUCUGCAGUCAAGAUCCAGAGGCUUUGAAGAAAAAAGAAGCACCAAAAGAAAGUCCAUCUACAAUCCUCGAUGCAGAAGCGGUCAAAACACCUGCUGGCAACCAGCCUUCUCAAGUGGCUACGUGUUUCCAGUUGGAGCUGGACAGUGAAAAUAGUGUUUUUGAGAAGAAAACUCAAGCGUUCACUGUGGAUGAUGACAGUCAGGCCACACAGAUUGAGGAAAUACAGGGGCCUGUAGGAGAGGAUGAGAGAGACUCAGUCGCUGUGCACCACAAUGAGAAAACGGACAAAAGCAGCAUGGAUUGUGGCCUUAAUAAAGCUGCUAAUUUACAAGGGAUUUCCCAGGAGCCUGCCUUGAAAACUACAGAGGAUGAAGAAUGUUCCUCUCAAAAGCUGUCCUUGCAGUCUUCAAGGGGGCAGAACGGGAAAAUAAAUGACAGCGUGGCUAAAUCUCAGGAGAUUCAGUGUAUUUCGAACACAGUAGCCUCCCAGCAGAUGGAUGAAGGGGGUUUGGGUAAAGAGCUGACCUUGGGUAGUUGCUCACAAAGCAAAGAACAGGCUGGGAGACCCACUAGCACAACUUCUAUUCCAUCUCAGUCCCAAUCCCAAUCCCAAUCUGUCAUAUUCUCUCAAAAGAAUCCUCCAGGUGAAGGAGAAGGAGCUGACAGUGACCAAAGACUGAGCCAGCCCAUGUCUCAAAGUCACCGACUUGACAGUAUUAGCAACCCUAAGGAUGUUGAUGAGGAAGAUGAGGACAGAAAGGAGGAAGGAGAAGUACAGAGCACUAGCAGGACAGAAGGCUCUGGAUUCGGCCUGGCACUUUCGCAGAGCCAAAUCAAUUCUCCGGAGCCGAUGGAGGAUGGAGGCGAAGUCGCCCAACCUGGAGGCAGCAAGGACGAGGAGAGCCUCAGUGUUAUAGUCCUGGAGGAGAGCGAGAGAGUCUCCCAGGAGCGAGAGCUCGUCGAGAGGUCACCGGUGUUCAGAAGUUCCUCACAGCCUGUCAGAGGAUCCCCGAAGGAGAAAUUUGAGCCUGGCAGAAAAGUGACGGGCUCCCAGCCAAACAGCUCGGGCCAGAAUUUGCAGGUGGCCACUAGAGCUGGUGCCAGUAACACACAGGCUAGUGAUGGAGCACCCAGUGGAGGAUCACAGGACCUGAAUGUGGCCAACAAAAGCCUGAGUGACAGCUCUGGAGAUCUUCCAUUCCACUUCACACUUCCCAGAGAAGGAGAGCUGAUUGGGCCUGCUGCAAGCGCAACUCCUCCACACGUCAGACAGCUAAAGAACACGCCGCUCCACAGCACUCCUAUCGAAACGAGUACAUUCCGUGAGCGGACGGAGGCCAACGUUACCAGGGAGACAACGAUGGCGGCCAGUGAGAUCUCAGUCGAGGAGAGUGGAGAGGGAGAGGAGCUGGCAGCACAGGGGGGUGAUGGGAAACUGAGUCUCAGAAUGAAGGUGGUGACCCCUGUAGAAGAGGGCAGCUCAGGAUCUGAGCAUUUCAGCCUACAAAAACCGUCCUUAUCAGAUGAGGAAGGCUCCGUUUCCAAGGCUACCGCUGUUGCCAAGGCUGUUACCAGCCCUCAGUCCAUCUUCACUCGGGUUCGUGAGGUUCACAGGCAGCUACAGGUGGAGGAGGAAGAGAAGGAACCCAGCGAUCUGUCACUCAGACCUCUAAGCCAACCUGACCUCCCUAACAGUGAGAACCCUGAUCCGCCUCCCAAAGCAGUAGGUAAUGGUACGCCAGAGCAGAUAUUACAGCAAACCAACGGCACUGCCAUGCACUCAGACCCCCUGGCUGAGGUGCAGUCCCCCCCAGCUAAUGAACAUGAAGCUCCCAGCACUUCUGGACACGCACCUCGCAAGUCACUCAUCGGCCAGAGAGCUGUGUCUCAGCAAACCAGCGUGGACUUGUCCUCGGCAGCAAGUCCUCUCAGCAAAAGAGCAGUAUCACAACAGACCAGCUUUGAUGCCUCUGGACCACAUCUCCCAUCAGGCAGGGGGGAACCAGUCACUCCAACCCGCUCACAGUCAGGCCCUUCUCACCGCAGACAUGUCCGCACCAUCCAAGAAGUGCGCACUACCAUCACUCGCAUUAUUACCGACGUGUACUACGAAGACGGCAGGGAGGUGGACCGUAAGGUCGUUGAGGAGUCUGAGGAGCCAGUGGUGGAUCGCUGCGUCAUGGACAGCGAUAUCUCUCCCUCACGUACAGGAAGCUCCAUGACCUCAGGAGACCUGGCUGAUGUGAGUUCGCUUUCAUCUAAAGCUGCGUCCCACUUCAGCUCCAGCGGGACCAGCAGUGGAGGUCCAGCUCCCAGCAGGAUCACUGACUUUGUCAUGCCUCCCAGCCGUGGAGCAAAGACUGGCAGCCCCAGGCGAGGGGUUAGACAGGCAGUGGGGUCAGAGCUAACAGGUGUUUGGGGUUCUCCGUCCACUGCCCCGCUGAGCCCCAGAGGCCACGGGCGUCGAGGAAGACCCCCCUCACGUGGUCCACCGUCCAGAGGUGGAAGGUCAGCACAGAGAGGAGGCGCUCAUGGCCUGGCCAUGUCUUCGUCAGAAGAUGAGCACCUCACUCGUCCAAAUGUCCGCGUCCCCUCAAGCCGUUUGGACGCACUGAACACCACGUCCCCUGAGAACAGUGCAGGGAGCAGCAGCAGCUUCAUCGGACUGCGCGUGAUGGCCAAGUGGUCAUCCAAUUCAUUUUUCUACUCGGGGACCAUCACCCAGGACCUGGGAGAGAACCGCUUCCGGCUACUGUUCGACGACAAUCAGGAGUGUGAGGCACAGGGGAAGGACAUCCUGCUGUGUGAUCCCAUUCCGCUGGAGACGGAGGUCACGGCACUGACUGAGGAGGAGUAUUUUAACACAGGUAUAGUGAAGGCAUAUAAGCGUCAAGGUGCCGAGUUGCUGUACUGCAUAGAGAAAGAUGGCCAGAGCACGUGGUACAGCAGGACUGCGGUGAUUCUCACCAUGGAGCAGGGCAACCGCCUGAGGGAACAAUAUGGCCUCGGGCCUUACGAACCCUCCACUCCUCAGAACAUGGCAUCUGAUAUCAGCCUCGAUAACCUUGUAGAAGGAAAGCGGAGGCGUCGAGGAAACGGGACUGGGCCUGGAACGCCGAACAGCAGCUCCACAAACAGCCCAAGAACCCCAGCGAAACGGAAACUUGCAAGCUCCACAGAGGACGAGAGGACACCAGCAAAGAGAGGACGCAGAGGGGGUGGGGCCAGAGCGGGUUUGAGAAUGGCUCCAUGUGAUACCUCUGGGAGCGGAGCUGAGCUGCCGUCUGACCCCAGUGACCUGCUGGUGACCCACGGCCCUCUUCCUGAGAGCACGUCUCUCUUCAUGGGCUUUGUCUUCAUGCUAACUGCAUCCUCUGACAACGACAGGAAGUCCAACCAGACUACCAGCGAUGGAGAGGAAGAAUACGUGCCAACAGCUCCAUAUAACAAGCAGUACACCGAGAGGCAGUUAGAGGCUGGUGGAGGAAUGAUCCUGCCUGAAUUUAAUGAAGAACAGUGUAAAGCAGCGUAUCAGAGCCUGUUGAUCGCUGAUAAGCAUUGCCGCACGCAGACGUACCUGCUGUGUGUGGCAGGUGGAGUUCCCUGUGUGUCUCAGAUCUGGGUGCGAGACUGCUGUCAAGAGAAGAAGCUGAUGAACUACAGGAACUACUUGCUCCCUGCUGGAGUGGGGCCUGAGAAACGAAUCAUAGAAUGGCAUGCACGCUGUAACCCUUUCAAAGCUUUGAAGGUGCUGCUGGUUUCAGAAGAUCGUGUGGAUUUAUGGACUUCCUUGCUCACCAUGUGUGGUGCUGCAAAGGUCCAGCAACAUAAAAUAAGCAACAACAGUUCUGAAGUUUCAGCAGAGGGGUUAGACUUAGUGGUGUCUGCGUCUCCGUGUCCUGCAGAGGUGCUGAAGUGUGCGAUGGCCACAAACACUCCUGUGGUGUCUCUGGAGUGGCUGGUUCAGUGUGUGAUCUGUGGAGAACGUCUGGCCUACGACAGUCAGCCUGAGUAUCAUCAUGAUUACUCUUCUUAGGCUCUGUCUCUUCUGUAUUUUUUUAACGUCCUGUACUGUUUUAGCAUUUGCCUGCUUUUACUGUAUAUAGUUUUAAAACUGUUUUUGACAUAAUAAACUGUGUGUCUCCUUU